GAAUACAUUCCGGUUGUGGGAGGGAGCAGACAGUACCUAGGGGGACCCGGACGCAGCCAAUCCUGACCUGGAGACUGUUGGGGGAGACUGACGGAGCAGUCUCUCGACCCCCUUUCUGGGCAUCCUAGGGGAUGACCCCAGGGCCAGGCUCAGUGCCGGCCGCCUGAUGCUGGGUGGGCCGAGCUGGGGAUGCUGGAACCAAGGGCGUUGCUAUGGCAACGGGAGGCAGGGCCUGGGGGGGGGACCGGGCCCGAGCUGGGGCUGCGGGGGCCGGCGGUGGCUGUGGCGGGGCAAUGGCGGAGCGCGGCCCGGCCUUCUGCGGCCUCUACGACACGUCCUCGCUCCUGCAAUACUGCAACGAUGACAAUCUGUCCGGCACCAGCGGCAUGGAGGUGGACGACCGCGUGUCGGCGCUGGAGCAGCGGCUGCAGUUGCAAGAAGACGAGCUGGCGGUCCUAAAGGCGGCGCUGGCGGACGCGCUGCGGCGCCUGCGGGCGUGCGAAGAGCAAGGCGCGGCGCUGCGCGCGAGGGCCACCCCGAAGGGCCGGGCACCCCCGCGUCUGGGCACCACCGCCUCGGUGUGCCAGCUCCUGAAAGGCCUCCCCACCAGAACGCCCCCCAAUGGCUCGGGACCUCCGCGACGCGUGGGCGGCUACGCCACCUCCCCGUCUUCCCCCAAGAAGGAGGCAAACUCUGGGCGCAGCAGUCGCCGCUACUUGUCACCCGAGCGCCUGGCCUCUGUGCGCCGCGAGGACCCCCGUAGCCGCACCACGUCUUCCAGCAGCAACUGUAGCGCCAAAAAGGAAGGGAAAACCAAAGAAGUUAUCUUCAGCAUGGAGGAGGGGUCUGUGAAGAUGUUUCUGAGAGGCCGCCCUGUGCCCAUGCUGAUCCCGGACGAGCUGGCACCUACCUACAGCCUGGACACCCGCUCUGAGCUGCCCUCCAGCCGGCUAAGGCUAGACUGGGUCUACGGCUACCGAGGCCGGGACUGCCGGGCCAACCUUUACCUCCUUCCCACCGGGGAGGUGGUCUACUUUGUGGCCUCCGUGGCUGUGCUGUACAGUGUGGAAGAACAGAGACAGCGGCACUACCUGGGUCACAACGAUGACAUCAGAUGUCUGGCUGUCCACCCGGAUAUGGUCACCAUCGCCACGGGACAGGUGGCGGGCACCACAAAGGAAGGCAAGCCUCUGCCACCCCACGUGCGUGUCUGGGACUCAGUUUCCCUGUCCACCUUACAUGUCCUGGGCCUGGGGGUGUUUGACAGAGCAGUGUGCUGCGUGGCCUUCUCCAAAUCCAACGGGGGCCACCUGCUCUGUGCGGUGGACGAAUCCAACGAUCACGUGCUCUCCGUGUGGGACUGGGCCAAGGAGACCAAGGUGGUGGAUACCAAGUGUUCCAACGAGGCCGUGCUGGUGGCUACCUUCCACCCGACUGAUCCCAGCCUGCUGAUCACCUGUGGGAAAUCGCACGUCUACUUCUGGAGCCUGGAGGGAGGCGGCCUGAGCAAGCGCCAGGGCCUGUUUGAGAAACACGAGAAACCAAAGUACGUGCUGUGUGUGGCCUUCUUGGAGGGCGGCGACGUGGUCACUGGAGACUCUGGAGGGAACAUCUACAUCUGGGGCAAAGGUGGAAACCGCAUCACCCAGGCAGUACUAGGAGCCCACGAUGGCGGCGUGUUUGGGCUCUGCGCCCUGCGGGACGGGACGCUGGUGUCUGGAGGGGGCCGCGAUCGGCGGGUGGUCCUCUGGGGUUCGGACUACAGCAAGGUGCAGGAGGUGGAGGUCCCAGAGGACUUUGGCCCUGUGCGCACGAUAGCGGAGGGCCGGGGAGACACGCUGUACGUGGGGACCACCCGCAACUCCAUCUUGCUCGGCUCGGUGCACACAGGCUUCUCGCUGCUUGUCCAGGGACACGUGGAAGAGCUCUGGGGCCUGGCCACGCAUCCUAGCCGGGCACAGUUUGUGACCAGUGGGCAGGAUAAACUGGUGCACCUGUGGGAUUCAGAAACCCACCAGCCCGUCUGGAGCAGGGCCAUUGAGGACCCUGCCCGUUCUGCUGGCUUCCACCCCAGUGGCUCUGUCUUGGCAGUGGGCACAGUGACCGGCAGGUGGCUGCUGCUGGACACAGACACGCGUGACCUGGUGGCUAUCCACACAGACGGCAGUGAGCAGAUUUCCGUGGUCAGCUUCUCCCCAGACGGGGCGUACCUGGCUGUGGGCUCCCACGACAACUUGGUGUACGUGUACACGGUGGACCAGGGUGGCCGCAAGGUCAGCCGCCUGGGCAAGUGCUCGGGCCAUUCCAGUUUUAUCACCCACCUGGAUUGGGCCCGGGACAGCACCUGCUUUGUCACCAACUCCGGAGACUACGAGAUUCUGUACUGGGACGCCGCCACCUGUAAGCAGAUCACCAGUGCGGAGACCGUGAGAAAUGUGGAGUGGGCUACUGCUACUUGCGUGUUGGGGUUUGGGGUGUUCGCUGGGUUUACAGCCUGUGCCGCGGUGCCCAGCAGUCAGGCAGAUCUUCUCUUGUCGUGUCUACAGGGAUCUGGCCCGAGGGGGCAGACGGCACAGACAUCAAUGCUGUGGCACGCUCUCACGACGGGAAGCUGCUGGCUUUGGCUGAUGACUUUGGCAAAGUGCACCUGUUCAGCUACCCCUGCUGUCAGCCCAGAGCCCUCAGCCACAGAUACGGUGGACACAGCAGCCAUGUGACGAAUGUGGCCUUCUUGUGGGAUGACAGCAUGGCCCUGACCACGGGGGGCAAAGACACAAGUGUACUCCAGUGGCGUGUCGUCUGACCCCGGGUCUGGGCCCGGGCAGAGGUCUGCGGCGGGACUGAGUUCUAUUUUUGGGAGACGUCUAUUGUGGAGUAGAGUAAUAUAUACCCAGAGUAUGUCUACAGAGAGGGGCUUAUGGGGGCGGGCAGGUGAGUGGACGGACAGAGACGCUUAUUUAUCCGGGUGGGAAGAAUGGGUCACCAUGCCUUGGGGAAGCCAUUGGUGUUUCAUUCGGGGUGUUUUGUUUUUCUUUUUAAGUUUAUUCUUUUAUAUUAUCCAGAAAUACAGACUUAUGCACUGA